GUAGUCCUGGCCCUCUCUGGUUCUUAUUGCCUGGUAGGGAAUUCUUCUGGAGUCUUGACUGGUAUGGCCACUGAGGUUUCCAGGUAAAAUAUGUUUCUAGAUAUUGAGAUCUGAUACUUAGAGAAUAGGGAUGGGCUAAGCGAGUGGCAGGAGGUCCCACAGGAGGAUGAAAGCAGUGUGUACCACCAGGAUCUGCUUAGCUCUGGGAAUGGUGGCAGAGAAUGCAUAGAGGCCUGUGUAGAGGCCCUCAGGUGGUCUUCUACAGAGCUGGGGAUAAGACUGGGGCAUUCAUCUUGGGUGAAUAGAAAGAGAGGUGAAGAUUUUCAGUUAGCCCAUCUUCCCUGGACAGAGUGCACCCCCUAGUUUUUAAAGAAUUCAAAUAUCUUGUUUGUUAAUUCUUUGUCUUUUCUCCUUUUAGUUCAAAUGUACAGAACAAGAAGUAUUUGGAAUGUUUAGUUUGUUUGUGUCUGAAAAUGAUUCUCAUGUCCAGACAACUGCUUCAUCAUUUAUACAGUUUUAUCAGAGAUAUUUUGAACAGAUGUAGCCCUGGCUCAUCAUCAAAGGGACUAAAGAAUGACUCACUCAGUCCAGCUAUUUCUAACAUAUUCAAACCUGCAAAUCGACACUAUAGAAAUCCAUCACCUAAUCCAGUGGCUGCUUUGCCUAUAUUUCAUCCUGAAUCCAAAUCUUCAGAGAGUUCUGGUGUUCAGACUGUGUCUAAACCUAGUUUUUCAAAGACUUCAUCACAAGAUGAUCCAGUUGCUUCUUCUGUCUUACAGUUAGACUCAACCAAGGAUACACCAUCCUCCAGCAUACUGAAAAAGAGUACAAAAGGUAUCGAUCAAGCUUCAUUAGGAUUAAAACAUCCUUCUACUUCCAAAAUAAACAGUGUUAAUCCAAAAAAGCCAAAGACCAAUGCAAGUGUUUCUGAAGCAAGUCCUUCCUCUUCAUCAUCUUCAAGCAAUUCUCCUUUGGAGGCUUCCUCCCAGGUUAUAGUAGCAAAUGAAAAUACCUCAUCAAUUCAGCCUGAAACUGGAGCACCUUCACUAAGAUCCUGUCCAAAGUGCAGUGUUAAGUUCAGCUUUUUGGAUCCUUUGAAAUGCCACAUGAAGCAUUGCUGCCCAGACAUGAUAAAUAAUUUUCUGGAGACUCUUAAGUCAGAACAUUCAAGGGCUGAAAACAAAGCUAACAUUGACUCGGACAAAGAAAAGUUGAUCAUGCUAGUUAGUGAUUUUUAUUAUGGAAGACAUGAAGGAGCUAUUGAGGAAGACCCGAAGACUCACACAACUUUUAAAUGCUUCAGUUGCUCCAAAGUUCUUAAAAAUAAUAUUAGGUUCAUGAACCACAUGAAACACCACUUGGAACAUGAAAAACAGAACAGUGAGUCCUGGGAAAGCCAUACUACAUGCCAGCACUGCUACAGGCAGUAUCCCAACCCCUUCCAGCUACAGUGCCACAUUGAGAGUACGCACACUCCUCAUGAUUUUUCUACUAUUUGCAAAAUCUGUGAAUUGUCAUUUGAAACAGAGCAUAUGCUUUUACAACAUAUGAAGGACACUCAUAAACCCGGUGAAAUGCCAUAUAUUUGCCAGGUUUGCCAAUUUAGAUCAUCAAUAUUUUCUGAUGUAGAGACUCACUUUAGAUCAUCCCACGAAAACACUAAGAACUUGCUAUGUCCAUUUUGUCUCAAAGUUAGUAGAAUGGCAACCCCUUAUAUGAAUCAUUACAUGAAACAUCAGAAUAAAGGAAUUCAUCGUUGCCCAAAAUGCAGACUACAAUUUUUGACCUGUAAGGAGAAAACAGAUCAUAAGUUAGAACAUCGUACAUUUAUAAAGCCUAAAGAACUAGAAGGAUUGCCUCCUGGAACAAAAGUUACUAUUCGAGCUUCAUUUGGAUCUGUUCAGUCAAGAUCAUCAAGCCCACCUUCUAGUCCUAUUCCAAGUACUUCUCUUCAAGUCUCAUCUCCAACUUCUAAAAGUACAACUACUAAAAAUAACACAAAAGUAUCUGCAAAUAAAAGUAAGAUAAGUAAGGCCCAGACAGUUUUAAGCACUACGAUAAGUAAACCCAAUACAAGUAAAUCAGGUACAGGUGCAACGAAAUCCAAAGCCAAGCCAUCCUACAAGCAGAAGAAACAGCGCACCAGGAAAAACAAAUUCAGUAUAGCUUUGAAGAAUUUGAGAUGUCACCAGGGUAUUCACACAUGUAUGGAGUGCCAUUCCAAAAUAAAAGAUUUUUCAAGCCACUUUUCUACAUACAUAAAUUGUGAUUUUUGCAAGUACAUCACUAACUGUAGCAAAGCUUUUACAAAUCAUAUGAGCUCUCAUAGUGACCACCCAAGUAAACAGUUUUAUAUUUUUAAGAAGCAUUCAAGAGCAAUCAGGGGCAUCACUCUGGUGUGCCUUAAAUGUGACUUCCUAGCUGAUACUUCUGGCUUAGACCGCAUGGCCAAACACUUAAACCAACGUAAAACUCAUACUUGCCAAGUUGUAAUAGAAAAUGUUACUGAAAGAACUUCUGAAUCCACUUCUGAAUGCAGAUACAACACAGAAAUUUCAAAAAAUGUCCAGUGUACUCCUGGACAGUGUCCCCCUUCGAUGGACACAACUGAUGCCUGUUCUGUCUUUCCAAGGGAUGUGAAUUGUUUGACUGUGAGACCUGUUUCAGUUUGUGGCCUUGGGAAUUUAUCAGUUCUUAGGCACAGUCCCUUCCUACCUGACUGGCCUUACAUAAGGCUGAUGUUGAUUUGGCCAUCAGUGACUUCAUGGUCCACCAAAUUGAGCACAACUUUUCUCUGGGAGCUUUGGUUCUUAAGUUUAGGCUUAUGAAUUGAUUAUAAUCAUGAAACUCCAUCAAGUAAGUGCUUCAACAUCCAAGUUCAAGUUCAGUCAUUCCGGCUGCAGCCUUUUAAUCUUCCUCUAGCAUGAAUGUGGUCUGAGGUGUAUGAAAAUCCUGGUUGUGUAGGGUGUGAAGAUCACUUUCAUUUUCUUGUGAAGUACUAGCUCCAAAGUAAGUUAUUUAUGUUGGUUGUCCUUUAAACUUUUAGCCAGUAUUUCAAGAGUUCUCAGCAGUGCUAGUAUUUAAAUUCCUAAUUUUUCAAGAAUUAAAGUUUGAUAGCUUGAUUUUUGUCAUUCACCAAAUUGACUGAUGUCUAAUUUGUAUGUCUACUUUUGUAAUUUCUGAUUAAAUCUUUUGUUUUGUGUUUGUUAAAAAUGCCAAGGAAUUCCUUUAAUAUUUUCUUCAGACUUCAUGCAGCUACCUGUUGGUAGUUUCUUUUUUUCUUUUUCUUUUUUCUUUUGGUUUUGGUUUUGGUAUUU